UCUCUUUUAUACAAUAGAUAGUAGAGCAAAGAGAAAAAAAAAAGAAACAAUGACAGGCGCGCUUUCACAAAAAGUAUCCACAUCACCAGCAAAGCAAUCACUUUUCAAGAACAUGCUGAGCAUUCCCAUUCUCGCUAUUUUCGUCAUUGGUUUCUUUUGUGUAUCUACCUUGAAAAUCAGAGUUGUCUAUAGUACGUCUUCUAUGGCAACAACACCAACAGAUUCAAUCAACAGCUGUAGUACAUCAGAAUGCCUUAAUCUUCCACCUUUAUCUGAAUAUGAAGAGCCCCAAACCCCAGUGAUUAAACACGUUACACGUCCCAUCACACCCAAGCCCACUUCUUAUCCUUUCACCAUUGUCACUGCUUCUAGUGCUAACCACCUUUGUUCAUUGGAAAACUUUUUAUACUCACUCUACAAUCUCCGUUCUGAAUUGAAAGUGGAAGAAUUUCCUCGUAUUGUCGUUUACAAUAUCGGCAUGAACCGUACUCAACUUCCUGUCCUUGACCAGCUUGUUGAGAAUGGUCUUAUCGAUGACUUGGAAACAUUUGACUAUUUCAAGUAUCCUCGUUUCUGGGAUGUAGCCAUCAGUGCUGGUGAAUAUGCCUGGAAAACGGGUAUUGUUCAUGAGGCUUCUGCUAAAUAUACAGACACUUCAGACGGUAUCUUGGUCUGGCUCGAUGCAGGUAACAUGGUCACACCCGAAUUUAUUCGUACUAUUCCCAACGUCAUUCGUAAAAAUGGCGGAUUUUGGUCUCCUCGCUCAUCUCAAAACAUGGCAAAAUGGACUCAUCCCGGCAUGUAUGCUUAUUAUAACGCUGACCCUAAGCAAUACGCUUCCAAUCCCAACUGUAAUGGUGCUGCUUUAGGGUUUGAUGUUCAUAACCAAACUAUUGUUGACGAUAUUAUUAAUCCUUGGUUUGAAUGUGGUUUGGAUAAGAACUGUAUUGCUCCUCCUGGGUCUUCCCGUAUCAACCAUCGUCAAGAUCAAGCCGCUUUGACCUUUUUGGCUUAUCGUAGUGGCAAGAAGUGUUUCAUGUCUCCCAACUACUACAAAUUGCAAAUUCACCGAGACAAGUCAUGUCGAGCUGAAUUGAUGGCUUUGGAUAUUCAAGGUCAAUUAAACCAUCCUAGUUCUUUAGAUUAUCCUAAAUGGUAUGCUAGCAACACUCUACAAUUGUAUCAUCAUCCUGAAUGGAGAUAUCCUGCAGACAAAGUACCUGCUAAUCUUGCUAGACUCUUGACUCCUCCUGUUGACAACUAGAAGCAAACUCUAUAUAUUUAUUACACUUCUUUAUUAUAUUUGUAAAUAGUAUACACACAAACACAUACAUGCAUAAAAUCCUCUUCUCCUCUUUCUUCAUUGUUCCACUAUUCUCUUUAUUAAAUUGACACAUUUACACUUUAAAAAAGGGG